AUGUCUUCCGUCUCAAGCGGCCGAGACGAACCGGCCCCAUUUCUACUACAGCUCUUUUAUCGCACCGGGUCCUUUCAUACACCAGAGGACUUUUCGUCACAUACCCUACCGUCCCAUGUAUCCGUUUAUACGGGGCAGGACUGUACGCUUCAUCAGCUGGCUCUUGAGCUAGCCGCAUUGAAACCAUCUGCCAUACCAACCCCGGCCAUUGGUACACGAUUAGCUUUCCAACUCGUCUGUCCUGAUCUUCGUAACAGUAACGGAAUUUCCCACUCGCCCCCGCGGUAUGCGGUCAAAGAUCUUGGCAAUAUUGUUCUUGGAGGGCAUGGGCCAGGUGCAGAUCAUGAUGCCGGACUCUUUGAUACUAGUCUUGAUGAUCAAAAGACUUUAGCAGAUGCUCGAUUCGUAUCGCACCGGUUCCGACCACUAAAAGAGAACCGAUCCCUGGCGCGCGGGACAGCCGUCCAAGUUGGCGAGGUGAAUCUUCAGCUAGAAACGGCGGUUUUAGCCGUGGUGGACAUCGAGGAGGACGAGGCGGCUGGAAAGAAGGGGCCGGGCAUGGCAUCCCGACUGGAGAAUGGCGGAGGGGUGAGAGGCUUCCAGAAGGUCCUAAAGGCAGGUUAA